AUGCGACUAUUGUCUGGUUCUGCGCACUUCUGCUCCAGUUCUGAUGAAGGGCCUCCGUCCAAAGUUGCUUAUUUCCCAAUGGAGAGUAAACUGGUAUGUUUCCGACUGGCUCAGACGAUGAUCUUUGCCAUUGAAGAAAUAAACCAGAAUGAGAAUCUACUCCCGGGAAUCACACUUGGAUUUCAGAUUCACGAUGACUGCUGGUCCUCCACGAUCGCCUCAAAAGCAGCACUCGCUUUGAUCAACGGAGCUGAAGAAUCAAUUGAAUACCCUGAAUGUACAGUUUCCUCCAAUGUCGUUGCCAUUAUUGGCUGCGGUCCAUCUGCGAAUUCCAUUGCAACUGCAAGAACAAUUCAAUCCUUUGGGAUCCCAAUGGUUAGUUACUACUCAACCUGUUCCUGUCUCAGCGAUAAGAACGAAUACCCAAACUUUUUUAGAACUAUUCCCAGUGACCAAUACCAGUCAAAAAUUCUCGCUGAACUGGUGAAAUCUUUUGGCUGGACUUGGAUUGGAACAAUUAGAAGUAACACUGAUUACGGUAUUUUCGGAAUGCAAGGAUUUGUGGAACAUGUGGAGAAAUUUGGGAUCUGCAUUGCCUACUCUGAGUCAUUUCACAAGACCGACCCAGCAGAGAAAAUCAGUAAAGUUGUCCAGGUGAUUAAACAGGCGUCUACUAAAGUGGUUGUCGCCUUUGUUGAUGAUAGUGACAUGAGAAUUUUAUUGAAAGAAAUAAAGCGUCAAAAUGUAACCGGUAUACAAUGGAUUGGAAGUGAAGCGUGGGUGACAGGAAAUUUUCUCUCCCCUGAAGAUAAAGGAAUUUAUCUAACCGGGACAAUUGGCCCGGCCACGCGAAGGAUAGAGAUAGAUGAUCUAAGAGAUUAUCUUCAGAAUAUUCAUCCUUCCAACUUUCCUGGCAAUAUUGUAACGGAGUUUUGGGAAACUCUAUUCAACUGCUCUUCUACCACAGACAACGGGACAACUCCAGAAUACUUUCGAAGUCAAUUUCGGCAAUGCACAGGAAAGGAACAGAUGCAAGGGAUAGAAAAUGACUACCUUCCGGCGAUAAUGGACGGGAGUUCAUACCACGUGUAUACAGCUGUCUACUCUAUUGCUUACGCACUACACAAUUUGUUAACCUGUGUAGAAGGCAACGGACCCUUUAUGACCCUCCCUCCCCCGAAGUUGAUGCACUACCUGCGUACCGUGAAUUUCACAGCGAAGAAGGGCGAAAAUAUGUAUUUUGAUAAAAAUGGAGACCCGGUUCCAAGAUACGAAUUUGUGAACUUACGAGCGAAUUUCCAGGGGAGCCUUGACAUUGUAAGCGUCGGAUAUUACGAUGGGUCGGCUCCGCCAGGGCGCGAACUAAUGAUAAAUGCCGGAGAUAUCUUGUGGAGCGGGGGACGAUGUUUUCUGUUGCUUCAGAUCCCGCGAGCAAUUUGCUCAGAACCCUGUCUUCCUGGAAGAAGAAAGGUCAGCCGGAAAGGGCAGCCAAUAUGUUGUUUUGAAUGUGCAGAGUGUGCUGAUGGUGCGAUUAGCAAUGUCACAGAUUCCACGGACUGCAUCAAGUGUCCCUCGGACUACUGGUCUAAUCAGGCAAAAACACAAUGUGUUCUCAAGAAAGUUGAGUUCCUUUCCUUUCAAGAAGAUCUGGGUUUAGUACUGGUGUUGCUUGCUCUAAUAGGAAUGGGUUUUACAGUGGGCAUCGCUGUGAUUUUCUACCGGCAUCGCCAAACACCAAUGGUCAAAGCGAAUAACUCCGAACUCAGUUUCCUGCUCCUCUUUGCCCUCCUGCUUUGCUUUAUUGUUUCACUCGCUUUCAUUGGAGAACCGUCCCGCUGGUCUUGCAUGUUGCGACGCACAGGUUUUGGAAUUGUGUAUGUUCUUUGCAUUUCCUGCAUCGUGGGCAAAACCAUCCUUGUUGUGGUUGCCUUUAAGGCAACUCUUCCCAAAAGCAAUGCGAUGAACUGGUUCGGACCGGCGCAGCAACGUCUGGGUGUCUUCAGUCUUACUUUUUUGCAAGGUUUAGUGUGCGUUGUCUGGUUAAGCGUGUCACCUCCCUACCCACUUAAAAAUAUGAGUUAUUACAGAGACAUCAUUAUUCUGGAAUGUAACGUGGGCUCAUUGACCGCCUUUUACUUAGCGACGGCCUAUAUUGCUCUUUUGUCGAUCGUGUGUUUAGUGCUUGCAUUCCUUGCCAGGAAUCUCCCGGACAAUUUUAACGACGCCAAAUACAUCACCUUCAGCAUGCUGAUUUUUUGCGCUGUUUGGGUGACCUUUAUCCCAGCUUACGUAAGCUCCCCAGGAAAGUACACCGUGGCUGUUGAAGUGUUCGCUAUUUGGGCAUCGAGCUUCGGUGUCCUUCUGUGCAUUUUUGCACCAAAGUGUUACAUUAUACUAUUGAAACCGGAAAUUAAUACGAAGAAAAAUAUGAUGGAUAAAGGGAUGACACUGUAA